AUUCGGUGAAUGGGUAUUUUGGAAGCUCUGUGGCGUUCUACUUCAGCUUCCUGGAUUUCUACACCUGGUCUCUGCUCCCACCAGCGAUACUGGGCCUGUCCAUCACGUACUUCUCAGGUGAGGUUCAGAAGGAGGUGGUGGAGUCGGUCUCGGGGUCACGGGUCACGGAUGAAGGUGAUGACUCUGGACCCGCGGUCAGCGGUCACAUGAUCCAGGCGGUGUUCAGCAUGCUCUGGUCCACGGUUUUCAUGGAGAUGUGGAAACGCAGGAGCUGCUCGCUCUCCUACCGCUGGGGGACGCUGCACCUCGCCGAGCGCUUCGCGGAGCCCCGGCCUGGUUUCCACGGUGACCUUGGGGUCAACCCUGUGACAGGGCGUGUGGAGCCCCUCUUUCCUGAAUGGCAGAGAGACCUGCGCAUUGCACUGGUGUCACUGCCGGUGGUCGGGAUGUUUCUGGGGCUGGUGGUUCUGGGUAUGCUUUGUUUCUACUGGGCAGAGGCUCAGGUGCAGCAGCUAAACAAAGACUGGGAGUCCAUGCUGUCUCAAACUUUGCUCUACGUGCCGUCGGUGCUUCACAUCGUCUACACAAACAUGCUGGCGACUGUUUACAAGACGGUGGCUCAGAGACUGACUGAAUAUGAGAACCACAGAGAGGAGUCGGCCUUCGAGAAGCAUCUGACGGCCAAAGUCUUGGUGUUCACCUUCUUCAACUACUUUGCUGUGCUCUUCCACAUCGCCUUCUUCAAGCAGGAUGUGCCUUUGCUCCGUAAGCGUCUGGCGUCUUUGCUGAUCGUGACCCAGCUGAUUAACCAGGCGACCGAGGUGGCCAUACCCUUCCUGGUGGACCGGUUCAUCAGCGCCCCCCACAGGGCAGAAAAUGAAGACGACCCACAGGAGGACAAAUUUAGGAAACAAAGCACCCUUCCAGUUUUCCCUGGCCUGUUCGCAGAGUACAUCGAGCUCCUGGUGCAGUUUGGGUAUCUGAGCCUCUUCUCCUGUGUGUACCCUCUGACCGCGGUGCUGCUGCUCAUCAACAACCUGACAGAGAUCCGCUCGGACGCCUAUAAGAUCUGCAAGCUCUUCCGCAAACCCUUCUCCCCGCCUGUGGCGAGCAUGGGCGUGUGGCAG